GGGUUUGUUUAUUAUACACGAACCUGUAUUACACGUCCGUGGUUUAUACUUUUACACUUACAGACUCUUUAUUUUCCUGAUUGACUUCGCUCAGUCGCUUUGUGUGGAACCUUUCACGAUAGCUAAGUUACGUUAGGUAUGAGUAAUGCUAUGGCUGGGCUCCCAGAAAAGACCACAGCUUUCCUGGGACUACUGCUUCAGUUGCAGUCUUGUAGUCUUUUUGCUGCCUAUCUUCUCAUGAUUAUGCUGGCUGGUUUUUGGCAGAGGGCCACAUCACCACUGGGACUUAGACCUUCAUUAGUUAUCCACAAUUUUGCAUGCUGCUUUGGGAGCAUGGUGACAAUGUUGGGAUUCCUGCAUGGCAUAUGGACCAGUGGCUCCUUAUACAGCAGGCAAGAUUCAGAAAACUUAACCUGGAUUUUUAAGCUGUAUUGGAUAACCAAGAUCCUUGAACUACUUGAUACUGUCUUCAUGGUGCUACGACAUAAGACACGCCAAAUUUCCUUUCUUCACAUCUACCACCAUUCCAGCAUGCUUCUGCUUAGUGAGCUGGCAUACCGUUUCUAUCCCUGGCCUGCAAUUGGUGUCUUCUUGGGAAUGAACUCCUUUGUUCACAUCUUGUUAUAUCUUUACUAUGGUCUCACAGCACUCUUGCCUGACAGCCCUCCUCAGUGGAAAAAGCAAAUGACUCAGAUACAGAUAGCACAGUUCCUGUUAGGCUUUGUGAUUGCAUUCAUUGGAUAUAUAGGUCACAACUACUGUGUUUACAGCAUGCUGUAUGGAAUAAGUAUGACAUUUUUGUUUUCUAAUUUUUAUUACCAAGCCUAUAUUCAGAAGCGGCAGCCAGAAUCAAAACCUAGUCAUAGGGGUAAAAUGGACUGAGCAAUACUCAUCUCUUGGGUAUUUUGGGUUUUGUUUGUUUUUUGUUUUUUUUUUUGAUAUGAUGGUUCUAUGGCAGCGAUGACUGUUUUUUGGAACCACACACAAGUUCACUUUAGUCCAAAAGAGGACAGUGCUUCUGGGUACAAGUCCAACAAAAAGAAGUAACAGUUUUUUUUUCUAGUUGCCUUAGCAGACCUUUUUAACUAGUUAGACCAUUUUACUCAAAAUUACCCUCUUAAAUCUCUUGAGGAUUCAAGAUUGCAAUUUAAUGAUGUAGAUUGCUACAGAUUUAAUUCUCCUUUAAAAAUGCCAGAAACCAAAAACAUGCCCUGUAACAUAAAAUUAGCACUGCUGCUAAUAUUAUGAGGCUGUUAAAUCACAAUUAAUUAAUAUAUUAAUUAUAAUAAUGAGGAUGCUUAUAAAUAUUUAUAGUACCUUCUCCACUAACCAAGAUGUGCUCAAGGUGCAUUACAUAAAUGAAGUCACACGAGGACACAUAGGCAUCAAAUGCAUCUUGCAAAUUCACCAUCGUUCAAAUCAUAACUCUCACAUUCACAAACAUACACACUCACAAAUAAGGAUACCAUAUAGCACCUGAAGAAAACCAUUGACAGCAGCCCAGUAAACAGGUAUUACAUCCAGAGAUAUAUGUGCUAGAACCAAGAUACAAACCCAUAACACCUGAAUCUCACUGCUGUGACAGGCCCUUUAGAUAUAAUUCAUGUCUCCUUGAUCUUCUGUUACCCAUGGAGACCAGUUCUAGAGGCAAAACUGGUGUAGUGAUGUCUCUAGCCACAGAAAAGUGUUUGCUUUUUUUUUGUUGUUUGUUUAUCUCAGUUUAUUUUAAAUGUCUAAAAGAAUCAAAAUAAGUCAAGAUUAUAUUUUGCUAAUAUUUAUUCUUUGAAUUAUCCUCUUUCAAAAAUUUGUUACUCAUUUUUAUUUUUAUAAUACUUUAGUAAUCUUUUGUUGAAUGUAAUUGAUAUUAUACAGGCAUUUGUCUGACAUUUCUGAGUGUUUUAGCAUAUUUUUAGGAACUAAUGCAAUAUUUUGAGGAAAAUCAGAAAUGUUGUUUGAGGUAUUUACACAAAAUGUAUACUCCAGUGAAAAAUCCAUUGCUGGACUCGUGAUCAUUUUUACAAAUUUGCUAUGAAAUGUAUCCUGUGAUGCCUCUGUUGAGGACCUGCAAACACAAAUAUUUGUCCUUUUCUUUUUAAGUCUCACAAUAUUUGCCCAGAAAUAUUCACUUGUUAAUUACUAUAAUGUUCCAAAUCAAACUACAGACUCUUUUAAGGUUUAUUCAGUAAAAUGUUUACUUCAUCA